AAGUUUCAUUGCGGAGUUGCAGAAAGUGAACGCGCAAGUAUGCAACUAGUUCUUCUACUACUCGUCGUGUCGGCGACUGCCGCAGUCCUUGCCGAGGCCGCUCUCUCUGGAGAAGAGAGAGAGGCUCUGAUUGCGGAGGCAAUAGCGGAGGGCAAGGAACAUGGAAGGCAGCAGUCUCUUGCAAGAGAAGCCAGCAUUCAGCGCAUGAAGACGGGCCAGCUCAGCAGCGGGCAGAUGGUGGGAAGGCUCUUCAAGAAGCCUACCAAGAGUGCCAGGAAACAGGGAGAGGCCAGAGUCAUGCUGGACGACAUGGUGCGCCGGGCAGAGAAAAAGAUUGCAGAAGCGGAGAGACACAGCGUCGGUACCACUCAAGGAGCCGAAGAAAAGGCCGAGGCGCUGGCAAAGGAGCUGUUCCACAGACCUGGCUCCAUGCUCACCAGCGAUGAAAUUGCUCGCAUGACUCAGGAAUCCGGCUGCGCCAAUGUCAGAGAAGCUCCAAAAUGUUUCCAGAACUUGUACAACAUUUUUGUUCGCACCAUCGAUGGAACCUGCAACAAUUUUAAAAACCCUCUUUUUGGAGCCUCAGAAACGAAAUUCACUCGUCUCUGUCCUCCCUUCUACGAAGACGGCAUUGACUCCCUCAGGGGUGAUAUCCAGGGCAAGACAGGUAACCUGUUCUCACUGAGCGCCUAUGUUCCCCCCGCUCCAAGUGCCCGUCUCAUCAGCAAGACCAUCAUCUUCCGCAACGACUCACGAGAGGAAGACGACUUUACUCACCUCCUCAUGCAGUGGGGACAGUUCCUUGACCACGACCUCGACCUCUCUCCAGAA